AUUGUAAAUGGCAUGUAACUGUGUUGUCAGUCCUCAAGACUGGGGAGAAAAUGGAAAACAGAUGUGAGAGAUGCUGUCUAGAUGAGUAUAGUAUUCAGAGUCUACCUAGCACUACCCAAUGAUAGAUAGUAGGUAAUCAAGGCUCAGGAGUUAAGACCAUCGAAGAACAUACUGCUUGAUAAAAGCAGAGCCAAGUGGGUUAGAACAAAGUUUCCCAACUCCCUGGUUCUUAGAGCUCACAGCUUUGUAGAGCUCGUGCUUCAUGCUCUACAGUGUGCAAUGGAUCUGUGAGUGAGUGGACCCGUGUGCAGUGGCUUAGGUGUGGCCGCCUCAUGGACAGAGAUGGUUCUUCUCCUUUCUCUAACCCCGAUGCCACAGUUAGUGCUCAGGGGUGACUGAGUCACCAGCACGUCACUGCAUGGAUGCGUGAAGACCUUCUCCAGACAUGUAUCUGAUGUCACAGAUGAGGAGGGCAUGCUAACCAGUAGGCCAAGGAACCUUCAUAUCACCCACCUCCCCCUCAGUCGUGGAGACCGGAAGCUCAGACGCCAGUGUCCAGAGACUCUGUACAGGAAUGGGGUGUGACAGCUUCUCCAGGGGGACUCUGCACCUCUCCAUCUACCUGUGAGCCACUGCCUCCUGUACUGCCCUGACUCAGGCUGAAGCCACCCAACACAUUACAGGACAUCCUCCCUUGAUGACAACCAAGAACAUUUUCCCAGUCUUAAAGCCAAUGACUGGCAUCCUGCUCCAGACGUCUUCAGAAGCCCUCAGCCCAACCACCAAAUCUUCUAAGACCAGCAAGAGGUCCAUCUUUGAGAUGCAGGACUCAGUCAGGAAUCUGUCCGAGCAACUCCCAGAGAACUGUGAAACCUACUCUACAAAGUUCUACCACCUGGGCCUGAGUUCAUUCACACCAAGGAAACUUCUGGCCCCAGAGCUGCAGAAAUGUGACCCUAUUUCUAUGUCCACAAAAUCUUGUGUCCCUAAGGAUCCCAUGGCCAUGCUUCAGCUGACAGAUGAGGCAUAUGAGUUCAGGAAGAAUCUCAGCCCAGCCCUAAACCCUUUCAGGAAUACACCCACUCUGUCAAUCAUGAAGGUAUCCUCUACAGAUACCAUGGAGAUAUUCUCUACAGAUACCAUGGAGAUAUUCUCUACAGAUACCAUAGAGGUAUCCUCUGCAAAUACCAUGGAGGCAUCCUCUGCAAAUACCAUGGAGACAUCCUCUGCAGAUACCAUGAAGGCACCCUCUUCAGUAACCUCAAAGAGACUCUCUGCAGGGGCCAUGAAGCCAAGAACCAAGACCCAAGAUAUGAUCCAGAAGGAGCAAGACAAUGAAAAACAUUGUUUUUCCCUUGACCUGAUGUUUGUCAACCCAAACCAGUCAACUCUGGGCACCCGACAUGUCCCUAUUCCAGAGGCCACAAAGGCCACUCACUAACCCAGGGACUCAUGUUAUUUCUUGAACUACCACACAAUAAACAACUGACUAAAG